AUGUCUGCCUUCAAUACAAAAGAUUUGAAAACUGAAAUAAAUACUAUUGCAUCAAAUGAAGCAGAAAAAUCUGUGGAACCCUUAAUUGUACUGAGUAAUAACAUUUCGAAGAUGUCAAGAUCCCCCUCUAAAAAGAGUAAACUAGCCAAAAAGCCUGAUGGAAAACAAUGUACUCAAUCGUCUCAUUCAGAUCUAGUACCUAGACCACAUACUCUUGAUGACUUUUUGCUAAAAGAAAAAUUAAAUGAAGAGUGUGAUGCUGGAACUACUUUUACUUACAAUGAGUGUAGUGAUGAUGAAGAAUUUUUUAUUGUUGAAAUACCAAAAACUAUUAAUCCAUUACACUUAAAAGGGCAAACUUUGCAAUUGGGAAAUAAAUCUAGUUUUAAAAUUGGUGAAGACAAAUAUUGCACUGCAAAUAGAGAAAAUAAAUCUAGUCUUACCUGUAUUUUUAAUAUUGAAAGUGAAUCCAACAAAUACAGAGCAGUUAAUAUAAAACCAUCUGGAACUGUCAGUGUGAGAAAAAAACUUCCAGGAAUAUCAAAAAACAAGGUACCAUGUGAAAAGUCGGAAACUGUUCCUUUUCCAAAAAAUCUGAAAUUGCGGCAUCCUUUUUUCGGAGUUAAAUUCAUUGAUGAAUGA